GUUGAGAGGCUGAGUGGAGUGGAUACGUCACGUUUAGGCUCCAGUUAUGAGUCCUGGUUAAGAUGUUUCGUUAACCUUUGUUCGUGGCUGAGUAACAUUAAAGUCAAGGAGGACUAUUUGGUGGUGUCAUUCGGCGAUUCCUCCCUACUUUCUCAAUACGGGUUUUGGACAAGUUACGACAGGAUUGGAGAAGAUAUGACAACAGUUUGAGAAGAGUAUCAACAAUUAAGUUUAAUUGGUAAAAUCGGAUAUUGAUUAUUAAUUCUGACCAAUCAAAUGACAGGAAUUCAAUCAUCUCAUGUCCAUUCAUAUCGGACCAUUCAUAAAGGAGACUCAUGAAGUAAAGAGGAAAUUUGUCCGGACAAGAAUACUUAAAUCAUCCGCUGGUGAUAACGAGGCUGACUCAGUGUUGAUUACAAUGUUGAAGUGUUGAAUAUUCAUAUAACAAUCUUCGAUGUAAUAUAUUGUGUCAGUAUAAAACUGUGGUGUUGAGAAGUGAACAUGGGUAGCUUAUGUUCCUGCUUACAGAAGGAGGUAGUCCUUCCAAUGAACCCUGUUACCGAGACAAUGGUGAACGAAGGCAGGUUCCCACUGAACACGCCCCCUGGUGUCGGCCAACCAGAGCUGGGCACAGACUCUCCUGAGGAGAGAAGAGGUCUCAUCGUUGUUAAUGACGUCAAGUUCAAUGUGUACGAUGACACCUUUACCCACCACACCGUUAUGUAUGAGCUCACCGACAAACGGGCAGACAAGGAUGCGUCCCUCGUCGUCCGCAGAGGUCAGCCAUUUCAGAUGACCAUUACCUGUGACCGGCCUUAUGACCCGGAAAAGGGAUGAGCUGAAGAUUAUCUUUCAAACGGGUGACAAGCCCCAACCUACCAAGGGAACUCUUGUGGAGAUGAACCUAUCAGAUGCUGACCUGUCCAAACAGUGGGGAGCCAAGUUAGUCAAGAGAUCCGACAAUGACCUGCAACUAGAGGUCAUGACCCCGCCAGCUUGUCCAAUAGGUCGCUGGAAUGUCAAGGUCAGAGCUGUGAUGAAGGGGGGAGAGAGAGGAUCCAUUUCUAAAGUUCACAGCCAUCCAAAACCGAUCUACAUCCUGUUUAACCCCUGGUGUAAAGAUGACCAGGUAUAUCUCCAUGACGAUAAACUACUCGAGGAGUAUGUCUUGAAUGACAUUGGCAAAAUCUUCGUUGGGAACUGUAAGAACAUCUACGGACGACCAUGGAGCUUUGCACAGUUUGAAGACCCUGUGUUGGACUGUGUCUUUGACCUUUUGGAUAAGAAAGGAUUCCCAGCGUCCAGUCGAGGUGACCCUAUGAAGGUUGUUCGUAAGCUCACUGCCCUGGUAAACUCGUCAGAUGAGAACGGAAUCCUGACAGGUAACUGGUCAGGUGACUACGAGGGAGGGACCAAGCCGACGGCCUGGACAGGGAGUCAGGCCAUUCUGGAGAAGUACUAUGAAACUAAGUCACCGGUCGAGUUUGGCCAGUGUUGGGUAUUCUCUGGAGUACUGACCACAUGUUGUCGGGCUCUUGGUUUACCAGCCAGGAGUGUCACAAACUUUGCAUCCGCCCACGAUACAGACGUGUCCAUCACCAUAGACUACCACUUCGAUGAGGAGGGUAAUCCUAUGGAGGAGUACAACGGUGACUCUGUAUGGAAUUUCCACGUGUGGAAUGAUGUGUGGAUGGCACGUCCAGACCUCAAAGACCAGGAUUACGGAGGCUGGCAGGCUUGUGACGCGACGCCCCAGGAGACAAGUGAUGGUCUUUUCUGCUGUGGACCCUGCCCUCUACUGGCCAUCAAAAAAGGGGACGUCACUGUGCCUUACGACGGACGUUUUAUAUUCGCGGAGGUCAACGCUGACAAAGUGUACUGGAAAAUGGAGGACGGUACCAUCAAGAAAAUGAAUGUCAAAAGCCAAAGUGUUGGCCAGUACCUAAGUACCUUUAGACCGAGGUGCUUGGGCCCCGUGGAGAUGUCGAGAAAGUCCCCAUGUUGGGACAAACGCUGGGAUAACAUCACUGGCCAGUAUAAGUACUCGGAAGGUACCGGCGCUGAGAGAGCUGCAGUAUUUAAAGCUAAUUUUGGAGGAAUCUUGGCAGGUCUCUAUGAUCAACCCCUGGAGGAAAGUCAGGAUGUUUCAGUGAAGGUUGUGGACAGAAAACAGGGUAACUAUGGAGACGACAUUGAAGUUGAUGUUGACUUUGAGAAUUUGUCCAAGGAGGAGCGUACAGUGAGUGGGACCUGGAGUCUACAGAGUUACUACUCGACUGGAGUGUUUGCUCACAAGAUUAGAUCUGAGAAGAUCAACAUAACCCUCAACCCAGCACAGAAGGUUUCCAAGAAGAUGCGUAUAGACUUCGACGAAUACGAUAAGAAAACAAUGGAGGGCUGUUAUUUCAAGACGUUGUGUGUCUGUGCGGUCAAAGAGACACAUCAAACCUCUUCUGAGGAUGACGACUUUCGACUCAUCAAACCUGACCUUGACAUGGAGGCGCCUGCGGAAGUCAAUGUAGGUGACACAUUCAAGGUGAAGGCGAUGUUCCAGAAUCCCCUGCCCAUCCUCCUCACCCUGUGUUACUUGGAAAUCCAGGGACCAGGACUGCUUAAACCCAAAAUCUUCAAACAGAGUUCUGUGGGGGCCAAGCAGACCUUCAUGUAUGAGGUCGAGAUGACCGCCACCAAACCUGGCACCAGGACGAUCGUCGCCAGCUUCGAUUCCAAAGAGAUUGUCGAUAUCAAUGGUAGCUGUGAAAUAGAGGUCAAAGAGAAGUGAACUCGUGUUCGACGAAUUUCAAGACAUUUGUGCGACAUAUUGACCGUUCACAAUUUCUACCAGAGUUCGCCAGUAAUUUAUAUGCCCUCUUUAUAAACUUCGCUCUAAACGUUUUAAACCAAAUUGCAAGUACAUGAAGAAAAUGACGGAGCAAACGGCGAUUAUGUAAAACAUAUAUAAGCUUCAAACCUAUAAUUAUUCCGCCAAACACACGAUAUUAUACAGUUAGUGUAUAAAGAAAUGCUCAACCAUUAAUAUAUCAGAAAAUUUACUGAGUGCAGACGCAAUCCGGAAAUCCUAUAAAGACAGCUAAAGCUCAUGGAAUUCUAUCAUUUAAAAUCAAUAUAAUAAAUGUUCUAUUUUUCAAAUCUAUUCAAAUCGGUCGAAGUACGCGAUACCAAAUCAACAUCCUUGUAGGGUGCACUCAGCAAUUCAUUGCGAGAAACAUCUUCGCCGCCUAUUGGGGACGACAUUUGCAUCCAACAAAUUCACAGACAAACCAUUUCACCCCUCAAGUCGAUCUCGGUCAUUCGUCCAUCAUUCCGUCCGUAAACAACCUUUACUACUAUUUCCUAGUUGUUCACGAAUAGGCUAUCCUUGGUCUUUAGUUGUUCAUCGUCAAUUGAAGUCGUAUCGGGAAACAAAAGGAGUGACAGACGGUCAUUUUGAAUUUGACUGUUGGAAGAUUGCAAUCGCUAUUUUUAGGAAAAUCUACAUGGAUCUUCCUCAAUACUUGUCUGUAGGGUUCCACUGUUAUGCAGUUAACGGCUAUAUUUGACUUUAACACUCAAUAUUUGAUAUCGGAUUUGAAGAUAUUAACAAUAUUAAAUCAUACGAUACGUUCGAGUCUACGAUAUCAACGUGAAAAUAUGUUUCUAAUUUCUCAGGGAAACAGCUAUAAAGUUUCAAAACAAA